AGAUAGAUAAAUAGAUAGAUAGAACUGAGAGAAUAUAAGAAAAGAAGAGAGAGAAGGUGUGAAAAGAAAGAAGUGUGCUUCUGUGUAUGGUGCAGUGCGGUGUCGUGCAUCUUCUUCUUAUUCUGGAGAGAAAAAGAGAAAGCCGCCGAUUAGAAGAAAGAAGAGAAAGCAAAAAGAGAGAGAGAAACAUAGAGCAUGGCGUGGUCGGAUUUAGCAUGUGUCGUCUCCUCCUUGCCGUGACGUGAUAAGGUAUCAGAUAUUAUUUUGGAUCAGAAACAUCCACGAUUGAAUCGAAAUUCGAAAGGUCGAGCAUCUCUCUUCAGGAUAAUAGAAGACAAAACUGCGUCAGGAGGUCCUGACAUGGCACGUGAAAGAAGAAGAAGAAAUCCUUUUCACUGGAAAUCGACACUGAAACCGUCCGGCAUUCUAAAUUAAGGAAUGGAGGGAACGUGGCAGUGGGAGCAGCGAAAGCACUGCCAUAUUAUUUUGCUUAAUCGUUGGUCGUGUAUAAAGACAAACCCAAGACAAGUUACAGAUAAACGAGAACGACUGCUGAACAAUCCUGGUAAGGAAGAAGACAGCAGACCUAAAAAGUGGAUCGAAGAGGAACAGGAACUGUAGCGUUGGAAAGUGGUUGGAGGGUGCUUCCUUUCUUUUUUUAUUUUUCGGCAUUGUCUUUUGAAAGAAGAAAAAAAAAGAGAGAGACAGACAGACAGAAAGAAAGAGAGAAAAAGAGGCUCGUUAUGGGCCCAAAAGAGCAAAACGUAACUCACUGAGCGAUGCAAGUAGUUGGGGCUGGGGCCCUGCUAGUGAGCAUGUGGCUCACUAGAGAAUGAAGAAACAAAACGUCCGGACCCUAUCGUUAAUCGUCUCCACAUUCACCUACCUCCUCGUCGGCGCUGCUAUCUUCGACGUUCUCGAGUCCGAGACGGAGAAACGACGCAAGGAAGCACUGGAUGCCAUUGAGAAAAUGGUUAUACGCAAGUACAAUAUCAGCGAGGAUGAUUUUAAAAUCAUGGAAACCGUUGUUCUGAAAACGGAGCCACACAAGGCAGGCCAACAAUGGAAGUUUGCGGGUGCUUUCUACUAUGCAACCACAGUUCUCACCACAAUUGGUUACGGACAUUCAACGCCAAAUACCAUAAGCGGUAAGCUUUUCACGAUGUUCUACGGAAUCGUGGGAAUCCCAUUAGGACUCGUGAUGUUCCAAAGCAUAGGUGAACGCCUUAACAAGUUCUCAUCCGUUGUAAUACGGAACGUAAAAAUGCUUCUCAAUUGUAAGGAUGUCCAGGCUUCAGAAAUAAAUUUGAUCUGCGUUGUGACAACUUUGUCAUGUCUGACUAUCGCUGGUGGUGCAGCAGCGUUUUCCAGAUACGAAGGGUGGUCUUAUUUCGAUUCCAUCUAUUAUUGCUUCAUCACUCUGACAACCAUUGGCUUCGGUGAUAUGGUAGCUUUGCAAAAGGACAAUGCUUUGAACAAUAAGCCAGAGUACGUAAUGUUUGCCUUGAUCUUCAUUCUCUUCGGAUUGGCGAUCGUUGCGGCCUCCCUUAAUUUAUUGGUCCUGAGAUUCGUCACAAUGAAUACCGAAGACGAGAGACGAGACGAGGCCGAGGCUUUGCAGGCGGCACAGGACGCAGUACGCUUGGAAGGUGAUGUGAUAACAGCAAACGGCUCGAUACUAUCAGGGCGAGUCGGUAAUCACGGUGAAACAGUUUCGUUUGACGACGAGCCAUCAGUAUGUAGUUGUCGCUGUAGCGGCUUUCAAAAGAAACGCCGGAGACCACGUUUCACGGUUCGUCGUUCACCCGGCAAGAUUUCUCACCUCUUACCGAUGCAGCAGUUUCCAGAACCGAAUCAAGAAACCGAAUUGAGAUCACUCCAAUUGACGCCGUUGCUACAGUUACAAACGUUGCAUCAACAUCGUGCCAGUAUCUGACAACGUUCUUAUGUUUCUUCGUUAACUUCCAUAGAACUUCAGCCGAGACGAGAGUCCGUCUGAUCCACCGUAGAAGUUAACUAUUUCGAUGUUCGAUCAAUAACUAAGUCGACGACCGUGUCAAGUCAAAUAUCUUGUUUUCUUCUAAUCGUUGCCGUCAACAGUUUCUAUGUCAUUUUUCAAAAUCUGCACUGUGACGUCAACGGUUCAACUUCAGCUUUUUCAUGGAUUAAAAAAAAAAAAGAGAA